CUCCGGGUCGGGCUGCGGCUGCGGCUGCGGCUGCUGUCCUUCCAGCUUGUGAAGCAGGGAGGCCGAGGCCUGGGCCAAGCCCGGAGCCGCCGUUCGUCGGAGCCUCCUGGAGCCCCCGCGCAGGUUCAGCCUGGGGGCGGGCUCAGGCCCGGCCCGCCGCGGAACCCAGGACAGAGGCUGCAUGCCCGAGGACCAGGCCGGCGCAGCCAUGGAGGAGGCAUCUCCUUAUUCCUUACUUGAUAUCUGCUUGAAUUUCCUGACUACUCACCUUGAGAAGUUCUGCUCAGCAAGGCAAGAUGGAACACUGUGUCUGCAGGAACCUGGAGUAUUCCCACAGGAGGUGGCUGAUCGGCUGCUUCAGACCAUGGCUUUUCAUGGUCUCCUGAAUGAUGCAACUGUAGGUAUUUUUAGGGGCAACCAGAUGCGCUUAAAACGAGCUUGCAUUCGCAAAGCCAAGAUCUCUGCCGUUGCGUUCCGGAAAGCCUUCUGCCACCACAAGUUAGUGGAACUUGAUGCCACAGGUGUGAAUGCUGAUAUCACAAUUACAGACAUUAUCAGUGGGCUUGGCAGUAACAAAUGGAUCCAGCAAAAUCUCCAGUGCCUAGUGCUGAACUCAUUAACUCUCUCACUCGAAGAUCCUUAUGAGCGGUGCUUUAGCCGGCUUUCUGGCCUUCGAGCAUUAAGCAUCACCAACGUUCUCUUUUAUAAUGAAGACCUGGCUGAAGUUGCCUCAUUGCCAAGAUUAGAGAGCCUGGAUAUUUCUAACACCUCGAUCACAGACAUCACGGCUCUGCUGGCCUGCAAAGACCGACUCAAGUCUCUAACCAUGCAUCACUUGAAAUGUUUAAAAAUGACAACUACCCAGAUACUGGAUGUUGUUCGGGAACUAAGACAUCUGAAUCAUCUUGAUAUUUCAGAUGAUAAACAGUUUACAUCAGACAUAGCUCUUCGAUUACUAGAACAAAAGGACAUCCUGCCCAACCUCGUCUCCCUGGAUGUCUCUGGGAGGAAGCAUGUGACAGAUAAAGCUGUUGAAGCCUUUAUACAACAACGGCCCAGCAUGCAGUUUGUAGGUUUGCUGGCCACUGAUGCUGGCUACUCUGAAUUCCUCACAGGCGAAGGACAUUUGAAGGUGUCUGGAGAAGCCAAUGAAACUCAGAUUGCCGAAGCAUUGAAGCGGUACAGUGAACGGGCAUUCUUUGUCCGGGAAGCUCUAUUUCACCUUUUUAGCCUGACUCAUGUGAUGGAAAAAACAAAACCAGAAAUUUUAAAGCUUGUGGUUACUGGGAUGAGAAACCACCCUAUGAAUUUGCCAGUGCAACUUGCUGCAAGCGCCUGUGUGUUUAACUUAACGAAGCAGGAUCUUGCUGCAGGAAUGCCUGUGCGACUCCUGGCUGAUGUGACCCAUUUGCUGCUCAAAGCCAUGGAACAUUUUCCCAAUCACCAGCAGUUACAGAAGAAUUGCCUCCUUUCACUUUGCAGUGACCGAAUUCUUCAAGAUGUUCCAUUUAACAGGUUUGAAGCAGCCAAGCUUGUCAUGCAGUGGCUCUGCAACCAUGAGGAUCAAAACAUGCAAAGGAUGGCAGUUGCAAUCAUUUCCAUCCUGGCUGCCAAGCUUUCUACAGAACAAACUGCACAGCUUGGUGCUGAACUCUUCAUUGUCAGGCAACUUCUUCAAAUAGUGAAGCAGAAAACCAAUCAAAAUUCAGUGGACACUACUUUGAAGUUUACUUUGAGUGCACUUUGGAACCUCACAGAUGAAUCUCCAACCACUUGCAGACACUUUAUUGAAAAUCAAGGGUUGGAACUCUUCAUGAGGGUUCUAGAGUCAUUCCCAACUGAGUCAUCCAUUCAACAGAAAGUCCUAGGACUUUUGAACAAUAUAGCCGAAGUACAAGAAUUGCAUUCUGAAUUAAUGUGGAAGGAUUUUAUAGACCACAUCAGUAGCCUUCUACAUAGUGUUGAAGUGGAAGUCAGUUACUUUGCAGCUGGGAUUAUUGCCCACUUAAUAUCUAGAGGAGAACAAGCUUGGACAUUGAGUCGUAGCCAGAGGAAUUCUCUUCUGGACGAUCUGCAUUCAGCGAUUUUGAAAUGGCCAACUCCAGAGUGUGAGAUGGUAGCAUACAGGUCCUUUAAUCCAUUUUUCCCAUUACUUGGCUGUUUCACAACACCAGGAGUCCAGCUAUGGGCAGUUUGGGCCAUGCAGCAUGUCUGCAGCAAGAAUCCCUCAAGGUAUUGCAGCAUGCUGAUUGAGGAAGGAGGAUUGCAGCAUUUAUACAACAUCAAAAAACAUGAACAGACUGAUCCUCAUGUCCAACAGAUUGCUGUGGCCAUUCUGGACAGCUUAGAGAAACACAUUGUACGCCAUGGAAGACCACCUCCCUGUAAAAAGCAGCCCCAGGCCAGACUAAAUUGAUAGCUAUAGGUAAUUGGAUAAUUGAAUCACAGAAAUUCUUUUUGUGAUAGGUUCACUUGGAAUAUCUUACCCUCUCUGAUGUUUUGGGGGUUUCUACAACAAGAGUCAUAAAGUGAGUAUGGGAUUGAUAAUGUACAGUACUGCCCAUGUGAACAGUCUCUGAUUUGUUUUGUGAUUUUUAACUUAUUAGAUGAGAAGAGUCUCUUCCUUCAUUGCCUUUUAGGAAAAUUUCCACAUCCUUCAGUGUUUGAACUUAACUGUGCUUAAAAUUCUACAGUUUUAUGGGGAAGUUUGCACGGACCCUUAGGCCAGACUUUUCUGAUCUUACAGUCCCUUCAGUCAAUUUGCAGCUUCAGAUAAGCUGUUAACCUGAUUUCUGGCACUGCUUCGAUUGUAAAUUUUAUAUUGCUUCUGUAUAAAAUGCCUUUAUUCUCUGUCUGUGUAUCUUUUAUAAGAUGUCCUUCUUAGUGUGAAAGAAUGGAAAUCUGAGUCCUCUCCUUGUGAAAGCUACUCACUGGCUGGUGCCCGGAUGGCUGGCAGAAAAUAUAUUAAAAAGAAAAACUACUAAGGGAAAAUAGAGUUUAGGAACUGGGAAAAGGUCUGCUCUUGUGGUAUAUAGUUUUUAAACUGGGACUGGCUAAUCUUCUGGAGCCCACCUCUCCUGAGGCAUUGCGCAGUAGCUUGUUCUUCAUAUUUAUUCCUGGAGGCAUGGGCUGCUGCUUCCUACACAGACUGCUGGUUACUCUCUAGAAAUAUUUCCCCAAGCACCACAGUAUAAAAUAUUACAGCAUUCUGCGUUAGAGUUUAACUGUCUGAAUUUCUUUAUGUCAUAUUGUUGUGAAAAUGUGAAUUUUACAAAAAUCGUCUCUUGCUCAAACAGACCAUCCUUUUUUCCCUCUAUUUCAAAGUCAUUCUGUUCAGUGGAAUAGAGACUACCCAUGGUAUUACCUGCUCACUUAAAAUACAAUUAACAACAGAAGUUAAUUUUCUUUUGUUUCAGACUACAUGUAUCUUAAUAUUUUCAUGUUGGGGAAGGAUAUCCACAUCUCACUGCCAAAAGUAAACAAGAAGAAUUAGACUAUUGUUAAAUGUAAUGAUUCUAGUUGCAGUGCAUAAAAGGAAAUAUUUUGAGAUGGGUUAUUUUUUAGACAGUUUCCUUUCCUUUAAGAGAGUUGUUACAGUAGAGUAAAGAAUCAGUUAUCAAUAAUGGCAGUUGGGAGGCAGCAAGUCACCAAGAGAGUUAUUUUCCAUUUAAAAAAAAAAAGGCGAAAGAUUUAUACGAUCUGAAGAGAAACCAGAGUAUCCAUCUUAAAUUUUAGUUUGUGAAUAAAGUUAACCUGCAGUCUUAGAUGACUGCGUUUUUUUCAUAGAUGGCCAAAAUGUUUUCAAUAGAGAUUUUAAAUAAUACGUUUAAAAUCAUGAUGAUUAUUCAGAAGCACUUUUAUUUAGAAAGGAGCUGGCUUAUUAGUAUGCUGAUAACAUUUUUGACAUACACAUUUCAUACCACUAUCGCAGUAGUCAUACUUGAAUUAUUUGGUACUCCUUCACAGGAGUGAAAGCUUAAACUAAAUGAAAAUAGAUGUUUAGAAUCAUUAAAAACCAUAUUAAUUCUGACUUAACCGGUUUAAGGAAUUUUUAUAGGUGUGAGAUAAAUUUUCACAGAUUAAUUCUAUUUCAGAGGAAAUGGAAAAUUCUUUUAAAAAUUUCCCCCUUUUUCUGGGUUUUAAAUAUCUAAGGCAAAAUGUAGAAAAUAGGAUGGCCUACAAAUGCUUGGAGUCGCUAGCUAUGUAGACCAUUUCUAGGUCUUCUAGCUUGUGUAGUUAAGGAAAAGCCUAUUUGAGAAGUUUGGCUUCAAGUUUCUGUGGUAUCCUAUUCAAGACAAAAGUACAUGUUCCUUCUAGGCUAAUCCUAGGUUUUUGUCUUUAUAAAUUGUUUUCAAAAAUGGCUAAAAAUGUAUGGAAAACAAUAAAUCCCUUCAUUACUCAGAAUAACUUGUUGAUAGAUGAAGACUCAAACAUAUUUAAAUUUAAAUUGAAAUUUACUACUUUGAGCACUGGUAAUGGCCAGAUACUUUUGAGUCUUAAAAGCAAAAUAAUUAGGCACAUCCCAAAUAUAUAAAAAUUUUAGUGCCUCUGUGGUUGGGAUGGCUCUUAAAAUUGUAUAUCUAAUUACGGCACAGAAUUGUCUAUAAGGUCUUCAAUCUGGCUACAGUACAGUAUAUAUGUGUAUGUAUAUAUACAUAUAUACAUAUGUUUGUGUGUAUAUAUAUAUAUAUAUACACACUAUAUAUAUAUAUAUAUAUAUAUAUAUAUAUAUAUAUAUAUAUAUAUAUAAAUUGAAAUUAUGAGGUGUAACUGGCCUGUCUCUACAGAAAGACUCUAUUAGGCCUCCCGUUUGCAUUUGUACACUAGAAUGUAACAGAACUUGGUGCCUUCAAGGGUUACCUCUUCAGUGGCUUAGAGGUGCUGUUUCAAGCACAAUUUAGACUAGGGUUGAACCACUCAUUGCUCAAAUCAUUGGUGUGCUCAGAUAUUGCAAAUUAUCACUACAUCAGUCCACAAGCAACAGCAAGGUUUAGACCUACUAAAGGAAAAAGGAAAUGGAAUUAGACUUUUUAAACUAUAAUGAUGCAUGUAGGUAUUAUUGAGUAAAACAAGAACAGUCUGAAAUUAAAGCAAAAAUAAUUAAGGUAUCUCAUUCUUGCCAUCAAGUUUUGCUGUUCUCUUUAUACUCUAAAAAAUCAUUUUUUCCUUUUGCAGUUGAAAAGAAACAUAAAUCAAGUAGUAAUAAGGGGUUAAUUUACUCUCUGGCCAAGGACUCAGUUGUUACUGAUCUUAGUUGAGAAUUUAAAAAAUCAUAUCAGACUCACAGAUCCAGGAAUUGACCUUAAAUAUUUCUGCUCCUCACCCUUGGACAGAAAUGCCGUUUAGUGGCACUAGUCAAUUUAAGUGAAUUACCCAAGGUGGAGAUGAAUCCCACAAAGCAACUAUGGGAAUUUAAUUUCAUGAUAUCUUUUGUUUGCAAGCCUCCAAAGAAUCAAGGAUUAAUGUUUUAAAAUAUCAGUGCUGUAUAUCCAGCCUAGGAAGUUGAUCUUGCUAGUGGGACCUUUUGAGUUGGCCCUUUUUCUCCCCAGUCACUUUCAUUUGGCUAUAUUUUAAAUUAUGCCAUGGUCAAGAUAGUAUUGGGCCAUCAUCUAGACCUUUGGAGCACAUUUUGAUGAAAACAUAUUUUAUUAUAGUUCAUUAUGUGCUAAAUUAGGGUAGAAUUGAUUAAUGAACCGUGGUUUGUGCUUAGUGCUUUAAAAUGCCUGACACCCACCCUGUCCCCCCAUAGAACAAGGUGCAGCAGUACCCAAGAUUGAAAAGAGGUCAUGAGUAGCCAGGAAAAUAAACUUACAGUGUUGUAUAUGUUGAAACCCACCCCUCUCCUGCCCUCUAAUGGUAUGUUUACAUUAUUUGGUUAUUGUGCAACUUUUAUCUUGAGAUAAACAGUAUUAUUAAACUGAAGGUGUAAGUUAAAGGCAGUAUCAUACUGUUGGCUGACGUGGGCAGUUUUAUCUGUAUGUUACUUAUUUGGGGGCUUUAUAUGGCUAGGGCUUCAGAGUAGUGUUCCGAGAUGGCUUACAGAGAGGUUUGCGAACUUAUGGUUUCCCUCUCAAAUCCAUUGUAGCAGUUUCAAAUGACUGUGUGGAUAUUGGAUAUUUAAAUUUUACCAUUUGCUUUGUAUUGACACAUUUUUCAUUUUUUGUAUUAAUUCACGAACUGUUUAUUUAAGUAAUAAUGCAAAUCCAGACUUCAUCCAGUGAUGAAAACAGCGGUAUGAUAGGAAAUUUUGCUGAGUGUGCUUUAAAUGAGUAAUUGCUUUAUCUUUUUUUAGUAUUUCAUAGAUUUUGUGUGACAUGUACACUCCUAAUUAUGCAUUCUUCGGUUUCCAAAUCUUAACCUAACACAUUCUUAUGUUAACUGAUUGAUAGCCUAAGAGAGAACUUUCUCUGCCUGUUUCUCCCCUCCCCCAAUUUUUUUUUGGUAAAUUAUGGGAAAAUCAAUGCUAUUUCUCAUUUCUCUGGAUGAAGCAAAGCUCCUUUGGACAGCACAACCUACCUUCAUAGCUAGACAGAAUGGCUAUCGAGAAUAUUUAGAAAAUCCAAAUUUAUCAAAUUAUGAGAAAUCAUAAAUGUAGUUCAUUAAUAAUAUGUGCUUAAUUUUGAACUUAUUUUGGAAAAUUGUUCAAAUUGGGUUCUUUUAAGCUUACUUUAAUCAGCUUAGAAGCAAGAAGCUACUUUGCUAAUGAAAGCUGAGACAUACUUUCAUAAAAGCAGGAAAUUCUUGAGAGCAUUUAAAAAUGGGAGGAUGUUAUGUCAAGAUUUAUACUCAGAUAAUCUGUAAGAAUAAAAUUUUUAAAUCCCUGACUUUUGUACAAUUCCCACUGUCAAAUUCUCACUGACUUGUGAGUAUGGAAAAAGCUAUCUUUUGCUUGAAUUCUGAUGGAAGAGUUUAACUCGUUUCAAAGGUUAUGAAAAAUUCAUUGGAAAGUGUAAUGUGUAUACAUUUCAAAGGCUGUCGAUUGUCUGGACUGAAGGCACUGUUCUUACUGUGGCCAGAUGAAUGGGAAUGUCCUGUACAUGAAUCAUGUUGUGUUUUAAAUCAGGACAUCACUUAGGUAUUAAUGUUGUGUAUACAGAUUUUUGUUUUGGGGAUUUUUUUUUUUUUUUUGCCUAAAUAAA